AUGGGGUCGACUGGAGACCAGGAGAGGGAACCUAUGGGGUCGGCUGGGGACCAGGAGAGGGAACCUAUGGGGUCGGCUGGGGACCAGGAGAGGGAACCUAUAGGGUCGGCUGGGGACCAGGAGAGGGAACCUAUGGGGUCGGUUGGGGACCAGGAGAGGGAACCUAUGGGGUCGGCUGGGGACCAGGAGAGGGAACCUAUGGGGUCGGCUGGGGACCAGGAGAGGGAACCUAUAGGGUCGGCUGGGGACCAGGAGAGGGAACCUAUGGGGUCGGCUGGGGACCAGGAGAGGGAACCUAUGGGGUCGGCUGGGGACCAGGAGAGGGAACCUAUGGGGUCGGCUGGGGACCAGGAGAGGGAACCUAUAGGGUCGGCUGGGGACCAGGAGAGGGAACCUAUGGGGUCGGUUGGGGACCAGGAGAGGGAACCUAUGGGGUCGGCUGGGGACCAGGAGAGGGAACCUAUAGGGUCGGCUGGGGACCAGGAGAGGGAACCUAUGGGGUCGGCUGGGGACCAGGAGAGGGAACCUAUGGGGUCGGCUGGGGACCAGGAGAGGGAACCUAUGGGGUCGGCUGGGGACCAGGAGAGGGAACCUAUGGGGUCGGCUGGGGACCAGGAGAGGGAACCUAUGGGGUCGGCUGGGGACCAGGAGAGGGAACCUAUGGGGUAG